UCUGAGGAACAAGUUCUCAGCGCAAGAAGCUGGAAACUGCAGAUUAAGCUAGCAGAAGCUACUAAAAUUGGGGUAAAUAAGAGAAAACAUGAGCUAGAAACAGAGCAACGUGCAGCGAAAGUGCAACGUUCAUAUCUGGAUCUGAAUCUUCCAGUGGAUGAGACAGAAGUUGGCCUCGAUCAUGAGACAGAGGACAGGAACGCUUGGUUCGAUAGCUUCAUUGAACAAGUGGACGGAAAAGUGACGUUCAAACCGGUUGACUUU